GUCCUGAGGAUUGCUCUUUCUCCAUACUAUUCUACCGACUGUGGCUUCUUAGACACUUUCUGUUGCAGUUGGAUUUUGUCUGUAGCAUUUUGAGGAUGGCAUCCCAAAGCAGAGGGCACUCCUAUGCAAUUCCAGAGAAUGAAGAAGUCUCAUACACUCAACAAAAUGGGCACAAUGACUAUGGAAAUGAAGGCGAGAGAGCUGUGUCAAAAUUGCAGCGUAGGCACAGUGAUGUUAAAGUGUACAAAGAGAUAUGUGACUUUUAUGCAAGAUUCAACAUGGCAAAUGCUCUUGCAAAUGCCAUAUGUGAGCGAUGCCGGGGAGGCUUCGCCCCAGCAGAGAAGAUUGUGAACAGCAAUGGUGAGCUGUAUCAUGAACAGUGUUUCGUGUGUGCCCAGUGCUUCCAGCAGUUUCCAGAGGGACUCUUCUAUGAGUUUGAAGGAAGGAAGUACUGUGAACAUGAUUUCCAGAUGCUUUUUGCCCCUUGCUGUCACCAGUGUGGAGAAUUCAUUAUUGGCCGUGUGAUUAAGGCUAUGAACAACAGUUGGCAUCCAGAAUGCUUCUGCUGCGAUAUCUGCCAACAGGUACUGGCCGACAUUGGAUUUGUGAAGAAUGCUGGCAGACACCUCUGCCGUCCUUGCCACAAUCGGGAGAAAGCCAGGGGCCUUGGUAAAUACAUUUGCCAAAAGUGCCAUGCCAUCAUUGAGGAACAGCCUCUCAUCUUUAAGAAUGACCCUUACCAUCCUGAUCACUUCAACUGUGCCAACUGCGGAAAGGAACUUACUGCUGAAGCUCGAGAGCUGAAAGGGGAACUGUACUGUUUGCCUUGCCAUGACAAAAUGGGAGUGCCCAUCUGUGGAGCGUGCAGGAGGCCGAUUGAAGGGCGAGUGGUGAAUGCUAUGGGCAAACAGUGGCAUGUAGAGCAUUUUGUUUGUGCAAAGUGUGAAAAACCAUUCCUAGGCCACCGUCACUAUGAGAGGAAGGGAUUGGCAUAUUGUGAAACACAUUAUAAUCAGCUCUUUGGUGAUGUUUGCUUCCACUGUAACCGUGUGAUUGAAGGAGAUGUGGUUUCUGCCUUGAAUAAGGCUUGGUGUGUGAACUGCUUUGCAUGUUCUACUUGCAACACAAAGUUAACGCUCAAAAACAAGUUUGUGGAAUUUGAUAUGAAGCCUGUCUGUAAGAAGUGCUAUGAGAAGUUCCCACUGGAACUCAAGAAGAGACUAAAGAAAUUGGCUGAAACUUUGGGAAGAAAGUGAAACCCUCUGCUUCUAGACCUCCUCUUGCUAUGCAACAUGUAGGAACUUGUAUUGAUGUAAACAGACUUACUUUUGUUGAGUCUAUCAAACAUUAACUCAGAAGAAAAGUAUUCCUCAGCAUGUCUAGCUAUACACUAAUACAUUUGCCUCACUUUGAAAAUAUACCUCUAAAACACUUUCACGUUAAGGUUUGGAAACAUGUGGCUCUCCAUAUGUAAUUGGAUUGCUACAGCCAUCAGUCUUAGUGAUCAUUGCAAAUAUUAAGGUGUUUACAGUCUAGAAAUAUAUAGAAGCCACAUGUUCCAUAACCAUGCUUUUCAUCUUAAGCAAGCUCAUAUUCAACCAUUUAAAUAAUGUAUCUUACACCUAUAUGGCUUUAUAGAUAUAUAAAAACAUACAUCCCUUGUAUUUGCUUAGCAGAUAGUGGAUGAAAAAAAUAGUGGACACUGGGAAUGAAGUAUAAGAUUUCCCUUGACAAAAAGACCAAAUCAUUAUAAACUGAAUUCCAACGAUAUUUGUCUAAUUAUUGUCAGCUGGAGAAAAAUGUAGCAGAACCAAAAUGAAGUAGAAAUACAUCCAGCAUUAUGCUGGCUCCCGACUGUCAGUAUGACAUAACUUUCUUCUUUUGAUCUCUGAAAAUGGGCUCAAGGAAGUUUGGUGAUACAUUGAAGCAGUUACCAUAUGAACCCGACUAAAUCCUCUUACCAGAAACCAACCUAUCAUUGGAUCCUAGCAGGAGAGUAUGCUUCAUUUGGGACUGGAAUCUUAUAGACAAUUAUUUGGUGGUUAGUCAUAGGUUUAUCUCAAGGAGUGCCCUGUUCAGUGCCAACAAAAUAUUAAUUGAAUCAUGGCCAAAUGAUUGCUUAUCAGUACAUAUAUAUGCAUUUGUUUUAAACACUCUUCUAUUCAAUAUUAAAAGUUGAGUGUAUUCUAACAGGGCUGUUCUGCUGUAAAUGAGAACUUAGGAAUGCUUCUAACUGCUAAGCAUACUAAGCAAUGUGUUCUGAACUGGCCAGUCUUAAUGUUAAAAUUUUUGAGAACAGUUAUGAGAUUUUUUGAAAAAUUAGUUCUGGUUAUACAGUUUAUUGUUUGUGAACUAAUGGGAAUCAACAACUACCAUAUUUAAUCAUCUAAUGCGCUAUUGAAUAUAAUAAGCAUCUCAAUUUUCAAAACCUUGAAACCCAAAAAAGUAUUUGCUGCUGAAUUUUCAGCAGAAAAAGGUGCAUUAUUUUAAUAUGCCCAUUCCAGUUGCUGCCUGCUUAGAAUUCCUUCUUUAAAAGCAAAAGUGUUAGAACACCAAAACUUCCAGCAGUGGAAAAGACAAGUUCGUGUUCUAAAAGGAGGCCUUUUUAAAGCUUAUUGAAAAGAAUUCAAUAUAUCUGAAUUUUGGAGAUCCUAAGAUUUUUAACACCUUGGAUAUGAAUUUUAAAGAAGCCUUAUUUGCCAAUUCUUUGCAGAGAUUAAUAACUUUUUAACUGACUAGUAUACACAAGAGUGGAGAGUGCAGUUCUCACAUAAUUGGAACACAAUGACUCCAGAAUGCAUCAUUUGAAGAUGGCAAAUCAACCCAGAAAAUGGCAACAGAGUCCUGUGUAUCUAAAAUAUAUAUAAACACAGAGCUACUUGAAUAUUAUGGGAAUUUUUCUGUAUAACAGAUACAUAUUCCUGUGUGCUUUUGUAUUUCAUUUCCUUCUUGUGCCUUAUUCUGCCAUAUGUAUGCAAUAUUAGCCAAAAUAGCUAUAUACCGUUACCUUGUAUUUUUAUGCAGUCCAUUCAUGCCAAGGCCUUUCAAAUGAUAUGGCAUAUACUCAACCUUUUCAAUGUCAAUAUUUUUAAUGAUAAAAGAUAAUUUUCGAAGCUAAUUUCCUUUUUAUUUUCUCAAUUCACUUAUUCCAGAAUAGUACACAAAAUAAAAAUCUGAACGUGUACAGAUUCC